AUGUCUCGUCUCAAAUGGACUCUGGAUACCUUACCGCGAGAGCUCUUAGUCAACAUCUGCGAGAUUCUAUACUAUGACGAUCGCGCUCCAAGUCUCGCUUCGUUCUCUGCAGUCAACAAGACAUGCCGUGACGCUGCCAUAGGCAUCUUGGUCCGCAACAUCGAUUUUAUCAUUGACGAUGACGAGUCUCCAGGCGCCUGGCACAGCCUGCACCUCAAUACCCUGAGUUGCGAACUAAUGCUUCGCAAAAACGAUCUCUUGUCUCAAGUGCGCCAGAUCUCCAUCUGGGGCGAGCCACCGACACCCGGAAAGGACUAUGCGAACGGCCCUUACUUGACAGAGAACCGUUACGAUUCACGUCAGUCCGGGUGGAAACAAGGUCGCAUGUUUGCCGCCGAGGUGGCUGAAGACGACGCAAGAAAGAUGGACGACUGCAACCUAGUGGGUACGCGUAACUAUUGGGAAGGAUAUGCCAACUGCCAGUGGACCUACGAUAGUAGUUCGGCCUGGUCACCAAUUGCCAGGCUCAUUAAAGAACUGUCAAAUCUGAGUGACAUCCUCUUCACAUGUCCUACUCAAUUCCCUCCCUCACUGUUCGCCACCUUGAAACAAUACCACCCUAGAUGCAGAAUUCAUCUCCCCACUUUCAACCUACUCUCUCUACGGGAUCCACGUCCUGACGAAUACGAACUUGACCUUGUGCAUUCUCCGAACCUUUACAGCAUCGACUGCUCGCAUUUUCAUAUUUAUCCAGCUGUGAAUCAGCUCAAUACGACCGUGAUGCGGAUGCUUACUAGGACGGCACCAGGGCUACAGGAAGUGCGCGUCGCAUACGACUCUACUCAGGACGCCCCCUAUGAGCUACAUGAGAUCUCCUGGAGCGGCGCGAAGGGCUUGGAUUCAUGCUUUCCGCAACACCGCAAGUCAUUGCGAACUUUCCACUUAACAUGGGAUCCGGAUUUGUCAGACUACAGCCUCCUUCGCAAAUGGGGUCUCUUCAUUGACUUUGACGCUCUACGAAUCCUCAGACUGCCAGAGCCUUUGGGCCCACAGGGGCUCGAACUCUUGGACACCUACUCAUUUCCAUUCCUUAAGAACCUGGUUUUGAACAUCGUCAAUCUGUCUUCGAUGGACGACCCGGGAUACGAGCGAGAGAGACUGAUCACGCAGUUUAUCGAUCGACGCACGAAGCUCUGGACGCUGGAGGUGAUUGGCUGGAAUAGUUCUCAUCUCGGAAAACUGUUGAGCCCGUCUUGUAGCUUCGCAUUGCGAACUUUGGAUUUGCAGAGCAACCGGUAUACUACAGACCCAUUUAACGCCCAGGUCAUUGCUCUCAUCGCACAGCGCUGGCCCUUAAUCGAGGACCUAGCCAUAAGGGUGCGGCGCUCCAAGGGAGAUGAAGAAGAGAUGGCUAUUUACGUGGCUCUCGGUAAAUUGCGACGACUCCGAAAGUUAUCUCUACGUCUCAUGCCUAUGCAACGAGGCUGGCAGUUUCCGCAGAACCGUAGGACACUAUCUCUACCAGCGACUGCGGCGCCUGGGGAAGUUAACGGAGAUGCUACCGUGGACAGAUUGAACCCAAACUAUCGAGAAGAGUACCGGGACCUACUCAUCAACGUUGCGGUGGAUGAGACGCUAGCUUGUGCAAUCUUCCACGCCAUCUCAACAGAGGGAGGAACUUUCCAGCAUCAGAACUUGGAAAAGCUGGAGUUGCGGGUUGACGAUUGGUCGUGGGCGGAACAGCUGCAGGGGAAAGGGCAAGAAGUCAGAGCUUUCUGCAGCAUCCUUGGUCGACCUUGGAAUGUUCGACGCGACCAUAGGUUCAAUCAUAGAUCGGAGGUGUCUGCCCUAUUGGUUGGGGACAAGUUCAACACCUGGAGAGCUACAGCUGGCACGGUACCUGGCUUGGUGGAAGGUCUAUUGCACGAGGUGUUCCGCGAAAUCUGGCCGCGAGCUCAAGGCAGCGGAUCGGAAGCGAGGCAUUCAUGGCAAACGGAUUGGAAGAGCUUCCCGCUUUCUGCCUAUGGCCACAGAUCGUAA